ACACACGGAGCGCGGCCUUCAUCGUGACCCUGCACCCACUACAGAGCACCACACCCGACUUCUGGCGGCUGGUCUAUGACUACGGGUGCACCUCCAUCGUCAUGCUCAACCAGCUGAACCAGUCCAACUCUGCCUGGCCCUGCCUACAGUACUGGCCAGAGCCAGGCCGGCAGCAGUAUGGCCUCAUGGAGGUGGAGUUUGUGUCAGGCACAGUGGAUGAAGACUUAGUGGCCCGAGUUUUCCGGGUGCAGAACAUUUCUCGACUGCAGGAGGGGCACCUGCUAGUGCGGCACUUCCAGUUUCUGCGCUGGUCUGCAUACCGGGACACACCUGACUCCAAAAAGGCUUUCCUGCACCUGCUGGCUGAGGUGGACAAGUGGCAGGCAGAGAGCGGGGAUGGGCGCACCAUCGUGCACUGCCUAAAUGGGGGUGGCCGCAGCGGCACCUUCUGCGCCUGCGCCACCGUCCUGGAGAUGAUCCGCUGCCACAGCCUGGUGGACGUUUUCUUUGCUGCCAAAAUGCUUCGGAACUACAAGCCCAAUAUGGUGGAAACCAUGGAUCAGUACCACUUUUGCUACGAUGUGGCCCUGGAGUACCUGGAGGGGCUGGAGUCAAGAUAGCAGGGGCCCCUGGCCUGGGGCACCCACUGCACACUCAGGGCCAGGUCCACCAUCCUGGACUGGCGAGGAAGACCUGUGCUUCCAAGUCUGCUCAACCACGGCCCCCACGGGGAAAGUGCUGGAGUGGAUGCUGGGCCAUCUUGGUGUCCCCUUCAUGGGGGGCAGGGCCUUUUGUUAUGUCCCAUAGGCAGGCUGUGGGCCAAGGAGGAGCUUAGCAAGACUGCAGCCCCACCCCACCUCCACAGGGUCCUGCAGCCUGUACUGAGAGGCCUGGCACUGCCUGGUAGAGCGAUGGGGGCUCAGAAUGGCCAGCUCUGGGGGACGCAGGCCAGGCCCCUUGAUUCCAUCUCAGCCCUUGGCAGAGAUGAGUGAGGCCCUGCAGAGAGCAUCCUAGGCCAGGGUUUCCACUCGGCUCAGCUCCCUCUGCACAUGGGUGCAUUGAGGCUUGGCAUCUAGAAUCCCAUUUGGCCUAGCUGCUGAGGGUCCUGGGGAGGCUGGGCUCUGCCCUAAUUUGCUAGUGAGACACAUUGACUGUCCUCCCCAGGGGAACUACAGCGCCUUCCUCCACCCAACUGUCCCUUGCAGCCCCUGGGGUAUUUGGCUCCCCAUCCCACCCUGUUUCUGCUUCCCUGGCAUGUGCUCUGAGUUUUCUGAACCAGCAUCUGCCCAUUCGUGCUGUGGCCCACGUGGGGCUGCUUCCCUGCCUGAGCAAUGCCUGCAGAAUGAAGUCACCUCAGCCUCUAUUCCUGUAACCUUCAGGCCUUACUGGCCUGGUCCUGCUCAGCUUGGGCCAGUGACAGUCUGCAAGGUUGAACAGCAUCCCUUGGGUUGAGGUCCCUGUGGCUCCUGGCCAGGCUGCCCACUGGGCAGGGGGCAGAGCCAGAGGAGGUCUGGUCACACGCCUCGAGUUCAGAGGAAGAAAAGGGGUAUUUUGGAAGGAGGAUCAAUGCUUUUUUAUUUUGUUAUUUUUUGAUGGGUGGGUGGGAAGUUCUCUUUAAAAUGGGGCAGGCUACACCCCCGUUCUGUGCCUCAAUUUCCCCAUCUGUAAACUGUAGAUACGACUACUGACCUACCUCACAGGGGGCUGUGGGGAGGCAUAAGCUGAUGUUUGUAAAGCGCUUUGUAAAUAAACAUGCUCUCUGAAUGCUA